AGGGACAAGGUGACCCCCAGGAGGCCCUGUGUGUGGACGCCACGUGACCCGGCCGUGUUGACUCUGCACGCCCGAGCGUGUGCUUGGCAAACACGGGGUGCGCUGACCCACGCCACCUCGUCUGCACCUACCCCGGGGCGGGAAGCCGAGGACGGGCGCAGUGCAGCCGGCAGCGGCACUGGCUCUCCCAGGACACCGCACCUGGAGAGGUGGCCACGCAGGUCCCCCUUCCCCCCGCCGGCCCCCACCGCGUCCCGGGCCUGCCGCCGCCGCCGAGAGGACCGCCGGGGCGGCCCGGACAGCGCCGGCCUCCAGAAGUGAUAGCUAAUUGGGCAGAGAAAGGAGCCGAUUGUUUCCCGGGGCGGAAGAGCCGGCGCGGGCCCGGAGGAGGCGGCCCUGCGCCCAGCAGCUGCCGCCGCGCCGGAGAUGUUUGGGGGUUACGUCAGCGCUGGCGAGCAGGGGGCGCGGGGACGGCGAGGGGGGCGGGCUCCCGGCUGCCUCCCGCCCCUCGGGCCCCUGCACAAUGCUGUCAUUGUCGGCGCGGGCAGUGGGUAAUUCCGGAUGAAUGGGACACGGGCCCCUUGACCAAGGAGGCUGCUAGCCGGCCCCGGGCUGUCGGAGUCUGGCGGAGGGCCGGCGGCGGCCGCGGGCUGCGGGGACAGCAGGGGUGGGUCCCCGGAGCGGGGCCCCCGGAGGCCGCCAGCUGGACGGAGCUUCCUGGCCCCCGGCCCCACGGCCGCCGUGAAGCCUGUCGGGAUGGCCUCCUGGCUGGACGGCUCCGACCCGCUCGUGCUGCUGCUAGUCCUGGUCUUGCUGGCCCGCUUCCUGCUGUGGUCCUGCCUCGGGGCCUACCUCGACUACAGACUGGGCCGGCCUCGGCCCCGCAAGCCCAAGCAGGACUAGGCCACCUGGCCCGAAGCGGGGCAGGUGCAGGGCCCCUGGCGGCAGAACGGGACACUGGCGCAGAGAGGCCUGCGGUGGACGGGGGCGGCGGGACGACCGCGAGUGCCCUGUGGGGACAGAGGAGCUGCCACCGCCUGUCGCCGGCUUCUGGGGCCCCCACGUGCAGGGGCGAUGGGGGGGUCUCGCGCCGCCUCCAGUUCUCCAUAAAUACGUGCGCCCGGCGAGCUGCAAGGGCUGAAGGAGGAGUUUCGAGGACACGGGUGGCCUGGGCUCCCUCCCUCCGCACAGCCACCACUUACACCCCCCCGGGGAUCAGAUGAGAGUGGACGGCUGCCUCGGCCUCCCGGAGCUGACCCCCAGGAAGGCUCUCAGACAGAGGGGCCCAGGUUCAAGUCCAGCUCUGGUUGAGCAAACCCCGCCUCCAUGAGUGAUGGGUGCGGCCCAGUUUGGUGGAGGAGCUGAUGCCCUGGCCCGGAGCUGGGCCCAGAGUCCACGGCGCCCCCUGCCCUCACCUCCCAGCCCCAGCUGCUGGACGGACAGCGGGUGACAGCUCCGGGCCUGUCACCCGGCCCCCGAUGGAAGGCGCCCAGGGAGAGUUUGGCCAAUGCUGGCGUCUGAGCUCCGCCCCAAGCCAAGCGAGGGACCGUCUCUGCUCUGCUCACAGGGGUCUGUGUCUCCUGGGGCCCCCAAUCCCACCCUGCCAGCCCUGGACCCAGUGAGAGUCCUUUCCCCGCCUCGGGGCCCAGAGGCGCGGCUCCGGACAGGCCCCCGGCCCCGACCUCGUCCCUGGCGGCCGUGGUCAGGGCCGCGUCAGCUGCCUGCUCGCUGGAACCGUGUGCUGUGCGUGGAAGCUGGGGACCAGCCGCCGCGCGGUGUGCAAUGAAGUGGGCAGGGCCAGCCACCCCGCGAGGCCCAAAGACGCUGGGAGGGCGCAGGCCAGGUGAGGGGGUGCCCAGUGGGUGGGGCCAGCGGCAUUUCCAUAGCGCCCGGAGGUCGGAGGUCGCGGAGAUGAGGGCUGGGGAGUCUCUUGGUUGGGGUUGGCCAGCCGGGCGGGCUUUGGAGGUGGGAGCUGGUGCCCCGCUCUCCCCCACCCCAGGCCGGCUGACGUUGGCCUCUGAGCAGCACAGGCCCUCGGCAUCACGGGACGGGCAUCCAUCUGCUGGGCACGGGAGCUGUCAGCCGUCAGGAACAGACGCGUGCCCAGCAGUGGCCUUGCAGAGGACUUUCAACCCACGAGUCUCAGGCUGUGGUGCGGCAGCUCCGUGGGAUCCUCGAGGACUCGGGCCCUGCUGUGUUCUGUGCCGUCCUUACCGCAGAGCUGGGGUGUCCAUGGCCCCCCGAAGGCUGCUGCUGCACCACACCUCUUACAUAGGUUCCAAGCAGGAAGGGAAAGGAGAGGGCGAUGGAGAUGGAAACGACACGCAGCGCUGGAGUGACGUCACGUGGACUCCCUGGCGGGGAGGAGGCGGGGGGUGGUGCCUGUUCCCACCAAGGGUGGCCGGCACCAUGGCCUCUGCCACCACCGCUUGGCUGCUCUGGGUGGGCCUCCUCUAGGACGCUCUGUGGGGCACGUGGGUCUCUUCGUGGCCCUCUCGCGUGCUGGCUUUGCCCGUCUGCUCUCCGGCGGUAGCAGCUGCGCCAGGCUGCCCUGGGCUUGGAGCUCUCACUGCCUCCCUGGCGCUGCAGUCAGAGGUCGGAGGUCAGAGGUCGGAGGCCGGGACAGGCCCGAUCCUGAGACCGAGGGGCUGCCACUCUGCCCACAGCCGGCAGCAAGGACCGGGCUGGGCACGUGGGGGGACACGGACCGUGGUCUGGGCCGAGUUGUGGCUUCUCAAGUCCGUAUGCAGAAGCCCAAGCCUGGGGCCUCGGAAUGGCACCGGAUCUGCGGGGACGUCACAGACGGGGUUACGGGUACGGUGCAGGAGGCCCAGGGGCGCCUGGUGCGGAGGGAGCAGGGCACGGCCGGGAGCGCACACGGCCCCGGGGAGCAGCCGGCUGAGCGCCCGUGCGCAGGCAGGCGUCACCGGCAGGCGCUCUCGGCAGGCUAGGGCGGGGCUCUGGCCGGGGAAGGGCUGGGCCCGGCAGGGGGCACGCGGCAGGGCCCGUUCCGGAUCUCAGCACCAGCACACUCUUGAGAAUGCACUGGGAAGACCGCGUUUCCGGGAAACUGGGUUAAAUAAAUCUACGG